AUGUGCGCUCAAGACCUCAAGCAGAGAAAAAUACUUCCGAUCAACUACACGUUGCAAGUUAUAACAAUGGAGAGCUGUAAUAAAUUUUCUGGUGUGGAAAACGCGGCUUAUCUACAUUACAUCAAAAACGCUACUAUUUAUUUUGGUCCAGGAUGUAACAAUGGUGAGUUUUUCGUUUUCGAAUCUAAUCGCACUUCAGCGGCACUUUAG